UUGGCUUUCUUUUGACAUUGCUUCCAUUUAUCAUACAUAUUAUUUAAUCUGUAUGAGGUAAUAAUCAUUUGUAUGUUGUAUAUGUAAAUAUUAAGGAAUGGGGAAAUCCGGUCUAUGGUCACCUCAAUCCUGGAAUCUGCUGCACAUGUUACCCAGUUUUGUUGUCCAUCUUCGUGCUUACCACUGCGAUGGAUUGCAGUGAAAGCCAGAUCCAUGAUGUCCUUGAUGUCCCUGGUGUGGACAUGCAUGCAGCAGAGACCUUCAUCCACCAAGCCAUGGAAUUGAUUAUGGAUGAGGCCGUGAAGAAGGCCAUUGAUGUCAGAGAAAAGGUCUGUGAGUGGCGUUCCCCCGAGCAGCUGAAGGAGUUGUUGGACCUUGAGCUGAGAGACAAAGGAGAGUCUGAGUCCAAGAUCCUGCAGCACUGCAGAGAUGCCAUCAGAUACAGCGUCAAGACCACCCAUCCUCAUUUCUUCAAUCAGCUGUAUGCUGGCAUGGAGCCCUAUUCCUUGGUGGCAAGCUUCAUCACGGAGGCUCUCAAACCCAGUCUGUACACAUAUGAGAUGGCUCCAGUCUUUACACUGAUGGAGGAUGCUGUGCUGAAGAAGAUGAUGGAGAUGAUCGGAUGGAAGGAAGGAGGAGACGGAAUCUUUAAUGCAGGUGGCUCAAUGUCCAACAUGUACGCUGUGAACUUAGCCAGGUUUCAUCACUGCCCUGACAUUAAAGUGCUCGGCCUCUCUGCUGCUCCUCGACUGGUCAUCUUAACAACACAGGAGAGUCAUUACUCCAUUUCCAAAGCAGCAGGUUUACUUGGCAUCGGCACUAAGAACGUUUACUUGGUUCCAUCUGACAAGAGAGGGAAGAUGAUUCCCUCGGCUCUGGAGGAGAAAAUAAAGACGGUCAAAAGUGAGGGUGCAGUGCCCUUCAUGGUAAACGCCACGGCAGGGACCACGGUGCUCGGAGCUUUUGAUCCCAUCGAGGAAAUCUCAGACAUCUGUGAGAAGUACAACCUGUGGCUGCAUGUGGACGCCUGUUGGGGAGGAGCAGCUCUGGUGUCUAAGAGGCAUAAACACUUGUUGAAGGGCAUCGAUAGAGCCAACUCUGUGGCCUGGAACCCUCACAAGAUGCUGAUGGCAUGCCUGCAGUGCUGUGCCUUCCUGGUCAGGGACAAAACGAAUCUCCUCCAGCGCUGCCACGCUGCUCGGGCCUCCUACCUCUUCCAGCAGGAUAAGUUCUACGACGUCAACUACGACACCGGGGACAAGUCCCUCCAGUGCAGCAGGAAGCCGGACGCCUUCAAGUUCUGGCUCAUGUGGAAGGCUUUGGGAACCACAGAGCUGGAGCAGAGGGUGGACAGAGCCCUCGCCAUGGCCAGAUAUCUUGCACAAGAGAUCAAGAGAAGAGAAGGGUUCAAUCUCUUGAUGGAACCUGAAUAUGCGAAUGUUUGCUUCUGGUAUGUUCCACCAAGUCUGAGGAACCUUCCAGACGGCCCUGAGCUCUGGAAAAAACUCCACACUGUGGCCCCGGUGGUGAAAGAGCGCAUGAUGAAGAAGGGCAGCAUGAUGGUGGGUUACCAGAUCCAUCAUGACAAGCCCAAUUUUUUCAGGAUGGUGGUCAUCAGCCCUCAGGUCAGCAGGGAGGACAUGGACUUUGUCCUGGAUGAGAUACACGACCUGGGAAAGGAUUUGUGAUGUGUCUUUUCAUUCAUCUGAAGAUUGACUUCUUCUCACCACAUUAGAGCAAGCGUAAAGGGGUAGUAGCCUAGUAUUGAUAAAUGCAUGAACCAUAAUGACUAGAGGCUUUACAAAGGUGAUUGUUAUGAUGAUGAUGAUUACAAAUGUGCUUUUCUGUCCACAAACAAAUACCACCCAACCUAAAUAAAUGGCAGAAUUUUACAGAUUAGUACCAAGUAACUAAAAUAAAUGCCAAGUAUACCACACACAGUA